GGAAACGGAAGGAAGGAGCCGCUUUAUCCUCUUCCGGUUUCGUAUCAUGUGACGGCCCGGUCCCUACACAACAUGGCGGCCCCCAUGUUGCUGCGCGGGGCGGCCCCGGAAAAGCUGGGCCAUAAAAAAUACAAAGCUAUUCUGAAGAAAGAAAAACGAAAGAAAAAGAGACAAGCACUUGCCAGAUUAAGAGAUUCAGAAAUCACAGAAAAAAGUGAACCAUUGCCUGAAGAGGAGGAACUGGAAGAAGAGGAAAAACAACUUGAGGCUGAAAGGCAAAAACUACAUGAGGAAUGGUUGCUGAGAGAAGAAAAGGCUCAAGAAGACUUCAGGCUCAAGAAGGAAAAGGAAGAGGCCAUGAGAAGACUUCAGGAGGAAGAGGAGAGAAAGAUAAAAGAAGAAUGGGAAGAACAGCAAAGGAAGGAGAGAGAAGAGGAGGAGCAGAAGCAACAGGAGAAGAGAGAAAGAGAGGAAGCUGUGCAGAAGAUGCUGGAUCAAGCUGAAAGUCAGCUGGAAAAUGGCGCUACCUGGCAUAACCCAGAACCCCCAGAGAACAUAGGAACGGAGAAAGAUAGAGCUAAUUGCCCAUUUUAUAUCAAAACAGGAUCCUGCAGAUUUGGAGACAGGUGUUCCCGCAAACAUAACUACCCAACAUCUAGUCAGACGCUUCUGAUCAGAGGUAUGUUUGUUACAUUUGGAAUGGAGCAGUGUAGAAGAGAUGACUAUGAUACAGAUGCGAGUCUUGAAUACAGUGAGGAGGAAACGUACCAGCAGUUCUUAGACUUCUAUGAAGAUGUACUGCCUGAGUUCAAGAAUGUGGGAAAGGUUAUUCAAUUCAAGGUCAGCUGCAACUUUGAGCCUCACCUGCGGGGAAAUGUAUAUGUUCAGUACCAAUCGGAGCGAGACUGUCAAGAAGCCCUUACUCUAUUCAAUGGACGAUGGUAUGCAGGACGACAGCUUCAGUGUGAAUUUUGCCCAGUGACAAGGUGGAAAACUGCUAUAUGUGGUUUAUUUGAAAGACAGAAAUGCCCAAGAGGGAAACACUGCAACUUUCUUCACGUAUUCAGAAAUCCACACAAUGAGUUUUGGGAGGCCAAUAGAGACAUACAUAUUUCUCCUGAACGGACCAAUCAGUCAGCUAAAAACUCUGAAAGGAGAAACAGAACAGGCUAUCACGAGGACUAUUACAGCAAGUCAAGAAGACGGAGCAGCCCCAGCCCAGAUCAUUCUUACAAAAGAAAUGGAGAAUCAGAGAGGAAAAAAAGUAGCUACAAGAGCAAGAAAAGACGGCGGUCUAGCAGGUCAAGAAGUUGGGAACGAAGGCGGUCACAUAGUAGAGGGAAGAAGAGGAGAGGUCGUAGUCGCAGCAGAAGCCGUAGUUGUACACGUGGUCGUAGUAGAAGCCGAAGUAGAAGCUCCUCUCGGUCCAGGAGUCGGGGCAAAAAGAGGUCAAAUAGCAGAGGAAGAAGUAAUGAACCCCUCCCCAAAAAGUAAAGCCAAGUGGAAUUCAGACAAGAAUCUUAGUGCUCCCUUUUUGAAAAAUGAGUGGCGGCUUCUCCCAGUUAGAGAAACACUUUCACUGAAAUUAGGACUGUGUAUACUGUACUGAACUGCCCUUUAUUAUAGUCAAGAAAUUGAAUGCUAAGUUUGUAUUAUCCAAAACAUCUUCAGUAAGUGUGUUUUUGGCUUUAAUUCUUAGAUGAAAUAGCACUAUAGCUUAACCUGAAUAUUCAUUUAGAUGAAGUUUCUUUACAGUAAAUGUUUAAUGUGAUUAAGCUUUCAAUUACCUGCUAACUUAUUGUUUUCUGUAAAGUUGUUAAUAGCUGUAAAUAAAUGGAAUCUUGAGUACAUAUUACACUUUUUUUAAUAAAGUUUGAUGCAAAUCAAGUGA